AUGGCGACCAAAAAUAGCGAAAUAAAACACGAGGAAAUGAUAAAAAUGAAUACUUUUAAAUCGAAUAUCAAUACAGAAUGUACUCGAUCUGAUCGUCGAUCAAAUGAGCUGGAAGUAGCCAUUGACAAUUCAUACGAUGGAAAGGCGAUCUUUAAAAUUCUGUGUGUGGGUGAUUAUUGUGGACGAUGGAGUAAAGGGGUUUAUAUUCAAGACUACAAUUCAUCGGAUGAAACAAUACGCGAAAAUCCUAGUAAUGGAUCGGUAAUUGGGGUUGAUUUUACCUUAAAAAUUUUGUACAACAAGUCCGGCAAAAAAAUUCGACUUCAAAUAUGGAACAUAGGCGAGCAGGAGAGAUUUGGAAACAUGGCUAGAAUUUUUUACAGAAACGCACACGGAGUUAUUGUGUUUUGGGGUGCGAUGAGUCAAUCGAUGGACAGUGCCUUAAAGUGGAAACACCAUGUUUCACAAGCGCUACAGCCAGAUGUACCAUUUGUUUUGGUUGUCGAUAAUGUAUUCAGGACACCGAAGAAGUGGAUUGGUCAAGACUUGGUCAUGAAUUCUCUGGACGAAAUGGACAGUUUUUGUCUCGAGCAUGGAUUUUUUGCGUGGUUCGACAUGCUGGAACGUGCUGCUGGGGGAAAAGUGUUUUCGCACAAGCUAUGUCUAAACUCGUGA